UGGCGGUAAUGCACAUCAGUAAGUUGCUUGCCAACCGCCAAGAAGAAGAAGAAGAAGCAGCAGCAGCAGCAGCAGCAGCAGCAGCAUGGAGCAGACAGUUGACAAGCUUGAGAUUCUUGAAGUCAGAGGCAGACCUGGAGUACAUUGAAAGGCGGCUGAAGCUGGAUUUUAUCAACGGUGCUUCAGCGAGAGGAAGCUUUGCUAAGGAAAAUGUGACUGGGAUCCUGGAAAAUUUGAAGUCUAUCAAGGCCAAACACUCUCUUCUCAGGUGUCAGGUCAGCCAGAUCACAGAUGCUCAGAAAGGGUCCAUGGAGUUAAUCAGAAACAGACUCAGCACAGCCAUGGAGCUGAUCAAACAUUGCCAGCAAGCUUCUCAUUUGGAGGUUGAGUCACUGGCAGAGUCAGAGCAGGAGUCAGCCAUGUUCCUGGAUUCAACCAUUACUUCAAUCACAGCUGAACUUAAAAGAAGUUAGUCACACGGAAUCCAGUUUAACAAGAAUCUACACUGCCAAGUGAAACGGAAGCCACGGAGAAGUGAAAAGUUUCAGCUGGAGUGAAUCAGAGAGCAGUAACCUCUACAUGAACUAUUAAUUAUAAUGGUUUAUGAUCUAUAUGCAUAUUAAAAGUUGAAUUAAAGUAGUUGUUUUAUUGUCAUUGAUGGCAGUAUUCUAACCAAAGCCUCUUUCCUCUCAUGCUUAGUGUUUAAAAGGAUCCACGACUAGUUGAAGAUGUUGGCCUAAAUAUGUUGCAAUUUUCCUAUUACCUAAAAAAUUGCAGUUUGUGAUAUGCAAAAACUCAUAAUUACUUAAAAAAUGUACAUCUUUUAUAUAUUUCACCCAUGGAGGUCACAAUUUUUUCACUGAUGGAUUGAUGACACUCAAUGGUCUAUUCUGUAUUGGAGUCUACAGAAUAAACACAGGAAGGC